UACGAGAGAGUGCGCUGGGGUGGGGUUGGAGGUUAAGAGAGCGUCUCUUGCUUUUCUCACACGCACACACACAUCGCACACUUUUCUGGAUCUCUCUGCUCAUGUCCACUUGUCAAGCUAACACACACACACUAGUUGCCACUUUACACACACACACCGGUCUGUGGACUCCAGCACUGACCCCCCCCCCCCCCCCCCGCCUCUCUGGGUCGGCCGUGGUGAGGAGAGUGUGGCAAAGGAGGUAUGGAGAGGACUGAUCGGAUUCAGCGGCCCGUCGUGGGCUCGGCCGACUCCUACACGAGCCGGCCGUCGGACUCCGACGUGUCCCUGGAGGAGGAUCCCGAGGCCCUGAGGAAGGAGGCGGACAGGCAGGCCCUCGCCACGCUCGAGAAAGCAAAGACCAAACCAGUCGCGUUUGCCGUGCGGACAAACGUGGGCUACAACCCGGGCCCCAGCGAUGACGUUCCCGUGCAGGGCAUGGCCAUAUCCUUCGAAGCCAAAGACUUCCUACACAUCAAAGAGAAAUACAACAACGAUUGGUGGAUCGGGCGUCUGGUGAAGGAGGGCUGCGAGGUGGGCUUCAUCCCCAGCCCGGUCAAGCUAGAGAACACCCGACUUCUACAGGAGCAGAGGAUGAGGCAGAACCGACUCAGCUCCAGUAAAUCUGGAGGAAGCUCAAGCCUGGAUGUCGCCACGGGAACACGCAGGCCCACCCCACCCGGCACAGCACACACGGACAUGCCCACUGUGACCUAUGAUGUUGACCCCCUGGACCUGGAUGCCGAGGAGCUCCCUGAGUCGCAGGGGGACCCUCGCUCCCCCAAGGUCAUGUCCGGCAGCGUGACCUCGCCUCAGGCCAACACGCACCGGCUGCCUUUCUUUAAGAAGAUGGAGCACGUGCCUCCCUACGACGUGGUUCCUUCCAUGAGACCCAUCAUCCUGGUCGGACCGUCGCUCAAAGGCUACGAAGUGACAGACAUGAUGCAGAAGGCUCUCUUUGAUUUCCUGAAACACAAGUUUGAGGGAAGGAUAUCCAUCACACGGGUGACGGCGGACAUCUCGCUGGCCAAGCGCUCGGUCCUCAAUAACCCCAGCAAACACACCAUCAUCGAGCGCUCCAGCACCCGUUCCAGCCUGGCUGAGGUUCAGAGCGAGAUCGAGCGCAUCUUUGAGCUGGCCCGCACCCUGCAGCUGGUGGCCCUGGACGCCGACACAAUCAACCACCCGACUCAGCUGGCCAAGACCUCGCUGGCUCCCAUUAUUGUCUACAUCAAGAUAGCCUCUCCUAAGGUUCUGCAGAGGCUCAUUAAAUCCAGGGGGAAGUCUCAAGCCAAACACCUCAAUGUGCAGAUGGUGGCAGCAGACAAGUUGGCUCAGUGCCCCCCUGAACUGUUUGACAUCAUCCUGGAUGAGAACCAGCUUGAGGAUGCCUGCGAGCACCUGGCCGACUACCUGGAGGCCUACUGGAAGGCCACGCACCCCCCCAGCAGCAACCCGCCCAACCCGUUGCUCAACCGCACCAUGGCCACGGCGGCGCUGGCCGCCUCGCCCGAGCCCGUCUCCAACCUGCAGGGGUCCAACCUAGUGCACGCCGAGCCCCCUAAGCGGGAGGGCACAGAGUGCGGCGGGAGCGAAUACCACGGCGACCUUGGGGGAAAACCUCAGCAUCAACAACAGCAACAGUCGUACCUGCGCUCUUCCCGCGGUCAAGUCCGAGGGGGCAGCGGCCGCGGCCUUUCCCGGCAAGACACCUUCGACUCGGAGACGCAGGGCAGCCGGGACUCGGCGUACACCGAGGCUGGAGACUCCUGCAUGGACAUUGAGACCGACCCCUACGAGGAGCCUGAGCCUUACCGCGGCGGCGGAGGGGGCAGCCGUCCUCACCUGGCGCAGCACCACGGGCGCCAGGCAUCCUGGGAGGACGAGGGCGCCGAGCCGGACCAGGAGAACCUGAACCAGCCGCCGGCGCCCAGUCACGGGGGGCAGCUGCAGCACGGGCGGGCCAAGCUGAGGGAGCGCUACUGCCAGGAGCCGCUGGACACGGGGGCCAACAAGGGCCGCAACAAAAACCAAGAUGACUGGGGCAGGGACGUCUACAUCCGCUGAGAGGACACGAGAGGAGGAGACGACAAAUGUUUACAUCCAACGACUACAGUAAUCCCUCUCUAUUUGCAGGGCACAUCCCCACCCCAUCCAACCCCCUCCAAAUUGCCUAAAAUUGUCUACCAGUGGUUCUCAAUUUUUUUUACAGUAAGCACCACCUGUAAAAAAAAAAAAAAACUACUUGGCCUUCCAAGUACCACCAGUGACCACCAUUAAUUUGUAAGUAGUGCCGUAAGUUGAAAUGUUCAACUAAAAAAGGAAUAGAAUUGUAUACAGUACAUAAAACUACUGUAAAAUUAUGCACAGUUUGAACCUUAACACUAAAUACCUUCCUGUCAAUUCGUCGUAGCUUUGGCGCCGUCUUGUGGUAAUUUAGGGCGUUACAGAAAGAGCACCAACGGCAAUUAGUGGGGGAUUUCUGUCUUUUGCUUUUACACAAAACUGCAUGAAUGUCACGAGACAGCACGAGGACACUACUUUUGAUUGUCAGCUCCGUCAAGCUUCUGUAGAAUGUGAGGACAUCAUCACGUCUGUCCUCCAAAGUCUUAAACAGGGUCUAUAUCACCACCCCUACCCCAAUAUACCCCCCCACCAGUGUGCAGUGUCAGGGUUCCUCCUCACCUUCCCUUUUUCAACGUCCACUUCUUAUCACCCGGACCUUAAAAGCAGGUGGACAAGAUGCUCUAUGUUAGAUAUUUUUUAUGGAUACAGAUCUCUCUUCCAUUGGAGUUUUCAGUGUGCCGCCCUUUCACCCCAGAGUCCACAAUCCUGCCCAAAAAAAAAAUCCCACAAUCCAAAGUGCCGGAAGGUUUCGCCAAGCCAUGCCGCCAACAGCGUCGCUGCCGUCUUAACUCUUACACUCCUUCUUUGCAGGCCACACGUUGUCUCUUUCUCCAGGUCCAACACAACUAGCUUUUUGUGUUAUUUAUGCUCAGAUAUAGUACUUGCUUAAAAUCACAACGACUCAAUUUGUGUGUCUCAGCCCCCCUGAUCUUUUUUAAGCUCCACUUGUGAGGUUGUGAGAGGCUAUAAACAUCUUCAGUGGGAUAAAUGAAUAUUGAAUAAUGUUAUUGUUGCGUUAUCGCAAUUGUUUAAAAAAAAAAAAAAAAGAUAAUAUAUGACAUAACAUGUAUCAUUGGUGCCUGAUUGUAGCUAAUUUUUUUUUUUUGCUUUUUCUGCCUUUCAUUUUUAAUCUGUGGAUAAAUUCGUAUUUUAAUU